AUGGUCCUCGUCGAUAUUCAUCUGCUCAUGCGCGUCCUCCGUCGGUUGCCGAGACGACCCUGCCGGAUCGGAAUCAGGCUGACCCUGCUGGAGCUUUUUGAAAUAGGUGUCGUAGGCGGUGCGCUUUGUGUACGCCUUAGCCGUAGUCCGAUUCUAAAUAAGGUCGGCCUGCUUGAGCUCGUUGUAGUUGAGAAUUCGCAUCUCAGACCGCUCCUGAAGCGCUAUCUCACCAUGAAGUCGGUAGGCUUCUGGGGUGAUGUCGAAAUGUUGGUGACGGAGCUGCGACGGGCCUCGAUUGGUGCAGUUUUGAUGGCCGUGGGAUUCUCUGGUCACGUGGUUGAAGCGUACGGUUGA